AUUUUUAAGUCUUCUUCAAAUUCCAAUAUUUUUUCACACUCUGUAUAUUUUAACUAUAUAGUUAAAAUUACAGUUACAGGGUUACCCACAAAGGAUGAUAUUGCAAAGACGACUCAAAACUCUAAAAUAUGGAUAAUAAUUAAGUCUUCUGCCUUUAACAUAUUCCUUAAAAUGGCCUUUUUAUUGAUUGUCAAUGAAAGAAAAAAGUUUUUAGUGGCAAGGAAUCAUAAAUAUUAGGAAACAGACAUUACAAGUUCCGUACAGUCGCCAUUUGUAGUCUCAUUCUGUGUGGGACGUGGGUAACCAGAACCCUGUUUCUCAUGGUUUAAAAACUUAACAACCUGCCAAGAGUAAAGUAGAGUUAAGAGGUUGCGUGAUUUAUUAAUAUAUAAAAAAAUAGCAAUAGACCGCUGACACCUGCGCAGUUCACUAAAUAACGAUCAUUGCGCUCCCAAUCCUGCGCAGAAGACACGGAUUCAAGUUCUGCGCAGCUCAUUUCCACACAACAAAGAUGGAGUCGUGGCGUCAACAUUGAUGCAAAUUUAUCCAAGAAAGCUAUCGAGAACUUGGGUUUUCUACAGUUUAAAAAUCUAAAAUUGAAACGAUAGUGUAAUUCAAAUAUACCGUGAUGGAUAUCAGUCAGUUUCUUGACGUCUCCUGUGACGUCGGGGAUGAACCUCUUGAAAACCUGACAGAAGACGACAUUGUUUUGAUCGACGAACCGCCUCCAACUACGAAUGGUAAACGAGGCCACUCCGGUGCUACCCGCCCCCCGCCGAAACGAUCAAAACCCAACAAGAAUCCGGGAUUGACGAACAUGAAAUCUAAUUUAACCGCGCAAGCCAUGGGAAUCCUCAACAACUCCAACCUAACCGUGAAAAAGAUUCCCAGCCGGCCACCGGCCGGCAAACCAGUUCUGAAACAGAUUUCAAAACCGGCUCAGCCUAUAACAUGGAAAUAUAAACAGUUAAGUGAGAAUCUAUACAAUGCCGAUAUCAAGAAAGCAGAUUUGUUGAAGGAUUAUGAGCCAGAGGUUUGCGUGUGCAAGGAGCCCCCCGAGGGUGAAAUGGCGUGUGGUGAGGGAUGUAUCAAUAGAUCAACGUUCACGGAGUGUGAUAAAGAACUUUGCACAUUUAAGGAGCGUUGUAGUAAUCAGAAAAUACAACGCCGUCAGUAUGCACCCGGGCUAGAAAGGUUUAUGACGCAAAAGAAGGGUUGGGGUGUACGCGCACGUCAAGCAUUAUCUGCAGGUUCCUUAAUUCUGGAGUACACAGGGGAGCUGUGUACUAGCCAGGAGUUUGAGAAGAGGAUGUUGAUGAGAUACAAGGGGGAUACACAUCAUUACUGUCUCGGGAUGGACAGCAAGACGUUCAUUGACGCGCACAGAGCAGGGUCGGAGUGCAGAUUUGUGAACCAUUCUUGUGAUCCGAAUUGUGAGAUGGAAAAGUGGAACGUGAACGGGUUGUGGAGGAUGGCGGUGUUCGCUAAGCGCGACAUCCUGCCAGGGGAGGAGAUCACGUACGACUACAAUUUCUCCUUGUUCAACACAGACCAGGGCCAGGAGUGCAAGUGCGGGUCCCAAGAUUGCCGCGGAGUUAUCGGCGGCAAGGGCAAAGAUUUCCUCAUUACAGUCAAUGACGAUGCGAUGUCGGCAUCACCAAAUCGUAAGAUGUCGGUUGCCACGGACCCGACGGGGCAGGUGGCCGCAGACGAGCGUUGGUUUAAGUCCAAGGUGGUCAAGGAAGAGUUGGCCUUGAUUGUAAAGAUGGCGCCAGUUCCUCAGCAGCUUGAGGCUAAAACCCUCAAGUGCACUGUCUGCAACGAAUGCUUGAAUUUCAAGGCACAAGGACAGAUUCAGAGACAUCCAGAGCUAGGUGUGAUUAUGUGCAACAAAUGUCGGAAAGGAUAUGGUCAAGGAGGCUGGGAACGGGAUCCAGAGGGAAAUGACGAGUUCUGUCGAUGGUGUAGUCAAGGAGGCCAAAUAUAUCUUUGUGAUUUUUGUCCUAAAGCGUUCUGCAACAAGUGCCUGAAGUGGAAUCUUGGAAGGAAAUACGUUCAGAAUAUCGAGGAGCAAGAAAAAUGGAAGUGUCUGCUGUGCGACCCAUCCUGUAUACGUCGCGCACGCGCGGAUUAUUACGGUGUUUUCAUGUACUACAAAAACAAGGCGGGGAAACAAGUCCUCAAGCCCAAGCAGGGAAAAGUCCUCAAAAACGGGACAAAAAGUCCUACAAAGGCCGGUAAAUCUCUGAAUUUUGUCCGGCCGAAUCCUAUCCGGCCGGUUCCAGGUAUCCGGCCAAUCAUCAAGAACGGAGGAACUCAUUUUGUCGGAAAUGGGCGCUUACCGGCUGUACGACCACCAAUCAACGGAAAUUAUAAAAAACACUAUGUAGAUUCAAUGCUUCUGGAAGCUGAUAGAGCUGCAAACAAACUACGAUCAAUGAUCAAUGAUAUUCGGAAAUCAUGGUCAACCAAUGCUGACCGUGACGAGAAAACCGUUGUCCUUGCCACGCAGAAAAUCCGGGAAGCAUUUGCAAACUCCAAGGUCAACCUGGACACUGCCGACAAGAAGGUAGUUGACAUUUAUAGACUCAACAUGGAUGAAGCAGAUAUUAGAGAUAUCGAGCCGGUCUUAGAGGUGAAAGGAAGCGCUGAAGAAGCCAAAAUAUUUGCCAAAUCUGAUGUUAUCGAUGAUAUAGUCAUAGAAACUGUUGAAACCGUUCCUGAUCUUCCUUUUCCACUUGAUGAAGAGGAGGAGGAAGUAGAAGAGAUUAAAGAAGAAGAAGCUGAAGAUAAAAUCAAGCAGACAGAAGAGUCGAAAGAAGAUGGAAUACUUGACAUGAGUAUUGAAGAACUGGAAGAAGGGGAAGAUCCUGAAUUAAAAAACAAGAAUGAAAAAGAUCCUCCUGAAAAUGCGUCAGAGAAAACAUCUACGGAUGAUUUGGAAGAAAUUAACACAUCUAUACCCGACCCCUUAGAAAUAAAUGAUGAAAACAAUAAAACAGAAAUGGAAGAUUCCAGUGAAGCUUCAACUGUCCCUGAAAAGGAAACUGAUUCAAAGAAAUCGGCUUUAGGUCGUCUUCAGAUAAAAUCUUCUGAAGAAGAUAGUUUUCAUGUUGUUGAAGACGGUCAAGAUGCUGCUGAAAAAGAUAUUGAUUACCCAAGAGAUGCGUUAGCAGACAAAACUGCUCCUGAUGAAGAUAUUGAGCUUGCAGAAGAGGUUACAGAGGAUCACAAAGUAAAUCCUGAAACUCAAUCUGAACUAAACGAACUUAUUGAUAAUAAAGAUGUAGAAGAAAAGGAGACUAAUGAAGAAGAAAAGGAGACUCAUAAGGAUGAAAAGGAGACUCAUAAGGAUGAAAAGGAGACUAAUGAGGAUGAAAAGGAGACUAAUGAGGAUGAAAAUGAGACUAAUAAGGAUGAAAAGGAGACUGGGGAGGAAAAAAAGGAGACUGGGGAGGAAGAAAAGGAGACAGGGGAGGAAGUAAAGGAGACAAAUAAGGAAGUAAAGGAGAACGGAGAAGAAAGUAAUGAGUGUCAGGAAGAGGUAAAAGGUGUAAAAAGCGAAGAUAAAGCAGGAGUUGAAACUGAACCAAUUAAAAAGAUUGAAAUCGAAGAGGAACAGUCCAAGGAAUCAACAAAUGACGAUGAUAAGGAAAACGAGAAUGAACAUGUUAAAGAAAAUUGAAACUAGUACCUGACAUUUUGGAUUGUAUCUUUUGAAAAUUAAAAAUUUGAACCUCUAACACUAUGAAGGGGAAGAUAGUGGAAACCACUUCAGUAAAGGUGUCCAUCUCAAACUUUCAGUGGCAUUUAUUACCUUGAUCGAAUUAACUUUGAAUUUUGUUUGUUGUUUUUAGUCAUCCAGAAGUUGCAAUAUAAGCUUGUUAAAGAAAUUUAGCUUUUUCUUUAAAUCUGGAUAUUUUCAAUUCAAAGCUUGUAUACGUCCCCACUCACACUCAUUUUUCUUGCUCUUUCCCCCCAUUUUUCUUGUAAAGUAGUUGGUCAUCUUCCUUUUUUAUCAGGAAAACUUGAGAAAGUAACUUAUUGUAAAUUAGUGUAACCUGUGUAUUUGAUAGUUAAUUUAUUUUGAUUUUACGCCAUUAACGCCAUGUAUAUCUUAUUCAUGCUGACUAGUCGCUGAAUGUGCAUCUUAGUACAGAAUAAACUCUACAUUUCUCUAGUA